CUUUGUUCAAACUGUCAAUGUGUGUGGUCUAAUAAGAGAUGAAGCUGUGGAAAGUAAAUGAGGUGUUUAGUGUACCUGUGGAAAGGGUGCUUUCUAUGGAAACGACCAGACCAGUAGUACUGUAUUAUAUGACACUAAGUAGGCGCGGACGGUUUUGUAAAAGGAGAGAUACGCUAGAAGACUUGUGAUUUGUUAUGUAUGUGGUUUAAAUAUAAGCUACCCUUAAUGAAGGGCUACUUUAAUGGAACCAAGAAAAACUCUUAUCAUGGAAAUUUUAACAUACGUGAGUCUCUCGGUCCUAUUUGUGUUCACGACGUUUAUUUGUGAAAAUGAAGGAACAAAAUUAUAUUCUGGUGCAAAUACUUCGGAGCCACUGAGUACAACACAUCGAUCAGGGAAUUUUUCUCCUGCAGUAUUCAAAGGAAAGGGAGAAACUGGUGGAAAAACAUUCGUUUCCUUAGGUAGUAUGUCAUCAAAUAUGAUAGACUUGUUCCCUCCAGUAGAAUCACUAAUGUCGCAUGCAAAUGGCAAAUCACAGUACUGCCGACGGCCAGCGAAAUGUCAAAAAUUAAACUACACCAGCUGCAUGGGAAUGAAGCUCCCAUUUGAGUGGACGACUUUGGAACUUGUUCCAGAUGUAGACUCACAGGAUUCUGUUCAGGAAAGGCUUCAGGUGUGGCAAAAGUUAAGACGUCUGCCCAAGUGCUGGUCUGUGAUCCAACCAUUUCUGUGUGCACUUUAUAUGCCAAAAUGUGAGAAUGAAAUGGUGGACCUGCCAUCACAGGAAAUGUGCAAAGUUACAGUAAGCCCCUGCCGAAUUCUAGAUGUGGAAGGUAUCUGGCCAUCAUUUUUGAAAUGUGAUAAUAUGACAAAAUUUCCACCUAUGUGCAAGAAUGAUGUGCGAGAACUGAAAUUUAAUGUCACCGGACAUUGUCAAGAACCUUUGGUACCAACUGAAAAUUCAAAAGCAUUCUAUGAUGGUACUGACGGAUGUGGAAUACAGUGUGAGGAUCCUCUUUUCACAACAGAUGAACAACAACAGAUACAUAACCUGAUUGGCUGGGCUGGCAGCUGUUGCUUAUUUUUGAAUGUAUUCACAGUGGUAACAUUUUUAAUAGAUUGGCGUUCUGCAAACAAGUAUCCUGCUCUAAUAAUAUUUUACAUCAACUGUUGCUUUCUGGUAUCCUGUACUGGAUGGCUUGCACAAUUCACUCCAGGUGCACGCAAGGAUAUUGUAUGCCGUAAAGAUGGGACACUUAGAAUGUCUGAGCCGAGUGCUGGAGAAAACCUGUCAUGUGUAAUAAUCUUUGUGGUGGUUUAUUAUUUCUUAAUGGCAGCUGUGGUGUGGUUCGUCAUUCUUACAUAUGCGUGGCACUUAAGUUUCCAAGCAUUAGGUAAAGUCAAGGAAAAAAUUGAUAAGAAAGGAUCUUAUUUUCAUUUGGUUGCCUGGUCUCUACCAUUAAUUUUAACCAUCACAACAAUGGCUCUUGGUGAAAUUGAUGGUAAUAGUGUCGCUGGAAUAUGCUUUGUUGGUUACUUGAACCAUACUGCAAGAUAUGGUUUGCUUCUUGCUCCACUUUCGGUAGCUGUGGUGGUUGGAGGUUACUUCUUGAGUAGAGGUUUGGUAACUCUCAUAAGGCUGAAAAUUGGGAGCCAUGAUAUAAUUUCUCCAACAGCAAGUGCAAAAAUCAGGGAAACCAUUGUUCGAAUGGGACUUUUUUCCCUCUUCCUUCUUGUACUGGUAUUAGUUACAUUCACCUGCCAUGUCUAUGAAUACAGAAAUCAGGCUAAGUGGAAUUAUAGUUUCAGAAAGUAUAUUGUCUGCAAGAUUAUUGGUGGUGAUUCUGUCAAUAAUGGAAACAAGGACAAGUGUCGAAUGGAGUCCCGUCCGAGCUUAGCAAUAAUGCAACUUCAUGUACUUACUGUGUUUGCUGCUGGAAUAGUAAUGUCAUCAUGGAUCUGGACAGGGUCUACAAUACAUACGUGGAAGAGAUUUCUAAGAAGAGUGCUUAAUAAUGGUUAUGAGGAGCCAGUAAGACUGAAAAAGCAUAAAGUCAUUGCACAAGCCUUUGCAAAACGAAAAGCUCUCAAUAAUGAUGGGCGGCUGUCAUUAAGCUUUCAUAGCACACAUGAAGAUCCAGUGGGCUUGAACUUCGAUGUGAAUAGCAUGGCAUCCCAGGACUUAAGUUCAACGUGGGCUGCUGCUCUUCCCAAACUGAUGACACGACGUGGUGCCUUGAUUGGUGCAACAACUGGAUCCAUGUCAAGUCAGAGAAGAAACUCUUUUGAUUCUGAAAUUAGUUACAGCGUCCGAAAGGUGUCGGUAGAGUCACGUCGCCAUUCGUUGGAUUCACAAGUUUCGGUUCAAAUAGCAGAAGUAACAGCAACUCGGAAAACAAGAGCAACACCACUUCCUACAGUUAAUGUAACAAGAGGACGAACACAUCGCAGUAAGCGACGAAGGAGAGACUUUACUCGAUGCAGAGUUGGAACGAGAAUGGGGCCCCUUGUGGUUAGGAAAGGCAGUUCAUCAUCUCAGGAGAGUCAGCUUGGUGCUCAGAUUUUAACUGCUCUAACAAUUGGUAAUUCUGAUAUAUCAUCAAUGGUCCCCAACCUUAUGAAGCGAAGAGAGGCGAGUGCAGGCCUUGAUGGUUUAAAGCUAAUGCUGCCCUUACCUUCUGCUUUACUAGGGCAGAGCAGUUGUGGAUCUGAAGAAGAUUUAAGCGACUGUAAAAAGUGUGAUGAAAUAGAAUGUGAGGUGCUAGAUGGCGUUCAAAGUGACAAAAAUGAAGCAGUUAAGGACACCAUUGUGGACACCACAGAUGAAACGGAGAAUAAGAAAGACUACAAGUUUAAAGAAAAUGAAGAUGAAGUGCAAGAUAAAAAAGCUUGUUCUUGUGGGUCAGGCAUUGUGAAUAAAGAUAUUGAGUUGUCUACAAAUAAGGAUACUAGUGUUAUAGCAGUUGCCAAUCAAAGCAGUUUCUGUGAUCUCCCCACCACAAUGAGGACAAAAGGUGCUGUUACAAGCUCAUCAUACAAUAAAAAUCAGCUUUACAUGAGUACUAACAUUCCAGAUGAUAUAAAAUUAAGUGAGAUUUCAGAUGACGAUGCAAACUUUUUAGGAGCAUCAUAUGAUGACACAACAUCGUACUGUCCUGAGUUACAGCGGUUGGCCGGAUCACUUUCUGAUGCAUCUGUGUUCACACACCACACACUGGGUGGUAGUAGGGUAAGGACUGUUGGUGUUGGCCCCUGUACUGUGGGCGCUAAUACUAGGAUACAUGUGAGAAGUCGUGAAGUUGGUACUCAAACAACACCUUCUGAAGAUAUUGGUAUGUGUGAAUUGAACAGCCGUGGUAGUACUUACAGCAGUGGCUCUGGUGUAAAUCAAGGCACUCAGGUAAGCUUUGGUCCACAAUGUGAGAAUAGUGUGAAGCCCUACAAGGGCAGUGAAAAACUGGAGAGUCUUACUGGUCUUGCAGCUAAGGGAUUAAACUACAGCUACAACAUGAGCAAACUUGUUGAGGAACUUGCUGAAAUUGCUGCUGGGCAUCCGUUACAAUUAGACCAUAGAAAAACGUGUUGAGUGCAACAUGUUACAUAUUAGGAUGACAUAAAAAUGUUCUGAACAUAUUUCUGACGUAAAUGGUCAGAAACCUUUUGUAGCAGAAGUUUUAUUCUGGUGCUUACUGCUGUUAAUGGGGCUUCCUUUCACUGCCAAUGCAAAUAGCAUAUUAUUUUGAUACUAUACUUUUUCCUUGUGCCAUAAUCACACUUUUCAUAUUGAUUUGACUUCUUCUGUAGAAGAAAAUGAAAACACUUUCAUAAAUUUGACAGGCAUUGUGCUUCAGAAAUAUUUUAAAGAGGGAUAUAUUUUUCUGUUGUUCUGAAAAGUAAUUUGUACAUAGUUUUUUGUACAGCUCUAUCAUGCCAAUGUAAACUUGUAAUCAGUUCUUAUACAUGAACUGGAGCUCAUAAAAUGUGAUGUGUAAAUAAUGCACAUCACUAUGCACAUAAGUAGAUUUAAGAAGACAAAAAAUUCUUGUAUAGAAGCUGUUAUUUAUUUUUAUUAGUGUAUUAUUCAGUGACUGUCAUCUUUCAUCAGGUGAUAGUGUGUUGCUGUUAUAUAGUAGAUUUACAUGCUUACUGAAAAAAAUCUGCUAGAUCUAUUGGUGCCUUUACAUAACAGCUCUGUUCUGGAGCAAGAAACUGCACUAACGGUGUUAUUAUUAAAAUCACCCAAUUAUAUUUACUGAAUUAAAACUGCAACAUUUCAAAAGACGUAGUAGUAUCCAAGGCUUUACUUGCUUCCACUGUUUUCAUUACAUUACAUUUAGGAAAAUGGUAGAACUCUCAGAGCUUCGUGAAAAAUUUCACAAAUUUAUAUUUUAUACCAUCGGAUUAGAAAAGGAGCUCAACAACACAAUGUGACAAAAAAUUCAAAUAUACCCUUGUUUACCAGUGUUAUAGUCAUGUGACAACCAAAACUAAUACAUGUGAAAUUUCAGUUUAAAUCUGCUAAUAUAGGAAUUAAGGCAUAAAAUGACAAAAUAAAAAAUUCUUAAUCUGAUGAUACAAACAACGGAAAACCCAGAAUGGAAUAAUGACAAUAUUAUGAAAUGUUGUCCAUAUGUGUAACUCAUCGUCUCCGCUAUGUGGUGAGUAGCAAUCUAUCCUUUUCAUAAUGUUAUCUAAUCUGAAGAUUUGAGAUGUAGGGUGUUCAAAAACACUGGCAUAAUUUCAAAAAGUAAGAAGAAACAGCAAAUGUUUGUUUUCAGUAAAAGACCAAAAUCAUGCCAUGACAAUUGCAAAAUGAUACAAAAACAUAAUGUAAAAUUCAGUAUGAAAUGGAAGACAAAUGACAGAGGAAAAUUUAGAAAAAGAAGCAAGUCUGGAGGGAGGUUCGCAGAUGCGGAGACAUCAGACCAAUGCAUUGGUUGCAGUUAGAUAUAAGUUGAAGCAGACCAAAUUCACAGUCUGAAUGGACUGCAAAAUACAAGGAUUUGUAGUCACUCUCUUUUAGUUCAGCAAGUUGCAUAAGGUGACAAGACAAAUAUAUUUAUGAGCUGAGCUGUAUUAUGCAAAGGAAAAUUCUAUUCAGGAAACUAUUAAAUUACUAAUAAUGACACAACAAACACUUCAGAAUAAAACGAAGGAAAAAAUCCCAAGUUUUGGAACUAUUGUGUUCCUCUGUGAUGGAAGAAAAGGUGAUUGGUUGGCUAUGGUGGGAAAGGAGGGCGGGUCAUCCAGAUUCCAAGUUGAGAGGAGACAAAGAGGAAAGAGAAAGUUUGAAAGGUUUCUUGUUUUGCUUUGUCAUUCUGUUUUUGGCUCUAUGAACAAUUACUGAUCAUCUUGUUUUAUUGAUCUUCAAAUUCACUCUCGUUAUAAAGCAUAAAUAUACUAUUUGUGAGUGAUAUCAUUUAUUAAUGUCAUCUGUUGAGAUAUUGCUUGAUCCUUAUAAGGAGGAUACCUAUAAUGCCAAACAUUUUUAUUUUUCUUGGUAGAUUUUUUUUUUAAAUCUACAAAACUGAAGGCCAGUGGCUAAGACAUAGAAAAUACCACAGAAUAAUUUUUCUUGUCUAGUUCUGUCAGAAAUUCAUGAGAUUGUAAGUUGGUAUCUCUUUACAUAAUCCUUUGUGGAAGCCAAACUGGGAAGGCGCGCGCGCACACACACACACACACACACACACACACACAGAGAGAGAGAGAGAGAGAGAGAGAGAGAGAGAGAGAGAGAGAGAGACCUGCUGACAUUGCAGAGAAUGUGUGUGUUGGGGGGAGGGGGGGCUUAAUAUGAAGGAGGGACAUUUAAGACUUACAAGGAGAGGUCCCCAGAAGUGGGAUCAACUUUUUGAAACCUUCCACACAGUGAUGUAGGUUAAGACCCUAAGUGUAACACCCGGCAUCCAUUCACCCUGAUGGGGCCUCAUUUGCAAGUAAUUUAUGAAAAAAAAUCGGAAUUUUGCAUGAUGCUCAUUAGCAUUAAAGAAGGAGCAUUGUAUUGACUGAUUGUGUGGUGUAAUGAAAAGGGUAAGGCCUCUAAAUGUAGAAGGUCAUUGGUUCGAAUCUUGUCAGGUAAUUUAAAAUUUUCUUUAUUUUCAAACAAUUUUAUGAGAAGGGAAAUUGCCACUCACCGUAUAGCAGAAAUACUGAGUUGCAGAUAGGCACAACAAAAAGAUUCUCACAAUUAUAGCUUUCAGCCGUUAAGGCCUUCAUGAACAGUAGGCAUUGUAUUGUUGACGAAGACCUUAACAGCCGAAAGAUAUAAUUGUGAGCAUCUUUUUGUUGUGCCUAUCUGCAACUUGGCAUCUCCGCUAUAUGGUGAGUGGCAGCUUUCCUUCUCAUAAUAUCAUUACAUUUUACCCUGGAUUUUUCAUUGUUUGAUCUUUAUUUUUAUCGAAAUGAUUUUGGUCAUUUUAUUUCUAUUCCUGUGUCACAUCAUUUUAAUCAUUGUAUCAACUUCUUCAUUUGCUCUCAUUUUUCUUCCUAUCAUUCUUUUACCACUUGAAAUCUUUGUUCAUGUAAUUUUAAUUAAUAUUAUGUAUUUCAGUUUAAUUUCUUUCUUUUUCAUCAUUCUAUUUCUUCGUCCAUUGAAUUUUGUUUUACUUAUAAUCCUUCUUUCAUUUAAAUCUUCAUCUGUAUUAUUUUGUCCGUAGCGCAACAGGAGUUUGAGCUAUGUUUUAAAUGUUUGUAUUUCGAUUACCAUAAAGAAAAAUGCAUGUCUUGUAAUGAAAAUACAUUUUUGACAUCAUUGCACAGUCAGUAUACUGGGUUGUUGUAACUAAACUUUCCCUAUUUAACACAUUAUAACACAGAAACUAAUUGCAUAUGCGGAUAUGGAAAUGGGGAAGAGAAAUAAUGCAGAAUCAGUGCAAUUUAAACACUUUUGAUGUGCUGCUACGGUACGUCAUACCAUUACAUACCAGUACCUGGUGAAUAGCUUGUUUCAUCUUUUGUUUUUUAACUAAUAGAUCGGCAGUUUCAGAUAUUUAAAUAUUACAACAUAUAAAUAUAAUUAAGUUCAUUUUCACAAAAAUUCUGAGUGAAAAGCGAAUGAUGUAAAGAAAAAAUGAGAACAAAUUUAAAAGUUCAUACGAUGAUUAAAAUGAUGUGACAAUGAAACAGAAAUAAAAAAUGAUAUUUAAACCAAUAAUUUGAACGAAAAUAAUGAUCAGAGUCUGUUCAAUAAAGAUUUUUCUUUUUAAUUGUAGUGCCUGAUGAGAUGUGAACCCACAACCUUCUGCACAUGAAAGCUGCACCCUAUCCAUUACACC